AAUGUGGCUGUAAUGUGCGCGUUCCCGCGAAAUAUCUGUCGCGCCAAUGUGUGGUUAUGUGGGGGCUUGUUUGACUCGGCGAUUCUAAAUGUUGUUCAUGCAACGAUGGAGCCAUAUGAUGGAGCGUUGAUUUGAACAUCAGUACAAUGUUCGGUGUCACACGAGUUCCCUAAAAAUGGCUGUCUGACUUUUCUGGGAAGCAAGAAAACAAGUAGUGGUGCUUCUGCUGCUGGCCUAGACAUUUGACAGCAAUGGAUAGUACACCCGAUGGAAAGCUGCUAUUUGUCUUGCCUGAAGGCACAGCAGCAGUGGAUGCAAGCCCUGCAAUGCAGGCAGCUUUCAAGGCUGCUGGCAUAGAUUCUAUGGAACCGAGUUGGAUCACAACUCGCUCAUGUCUCACAAAGAAGCACCGAGACCCUACAGAAGUGUAUGUUUGUGAUCCAUUUGAAGGCCCUGCAUUUGAGCAUCUGCGGCAAAUUCAAGCUCGAGUUGUGGGCCCACUCUGCGUGUCUAUGGCUAUUCAGGUGCAGGAACCUCUGCCCCGUCGGCCAGAGCCUGUAUUCAGCCUUUCCUUUCGAGGUCUGGUUAUCACAUGCUCUGUGCUGGCCAGUGAAGAGAGGGCACGCAUCAAAGACCAAGUGGAGCUAAUGGGUGGCUCCAUUGUGGCUCCGCUGACAUCUAGUGUUACGCAUGUUGUGGCUGGAGACGUUGGAUCCAAAAAAUAUCAUGUAGCUGCCAAUCGGAAAAUUCCAGUGAUGCAGCCAAGCUGGGUGCGGCUCUUCUGGGAGCAGGAGCAACACAAGUUAGCUCAUGCUGCUAGCCCCGCAUAUUCCCACCUGCAGUUGCCAGCCUUCAAGGGCCUUGUUAUAACGGUUUCGCAGGUGCCAACUGCUGAACGUAAGCAGCUACAAGCCCUCGUAGAGUCCAACGGAGGCUCUUACUCUGGCCAGCUACAUUGCAAGAAGACAACCCACGUGGCUCUCUUAGAAGCUUCUGGGGACAAGUACAAUUAUGCUCGCCUUUGGAAGCUGCAUUGUGUCCACGUCCGCUGGCUAUAUGAAAGCGCACAAGCAGGCUAUGCCCUUGAUGAGUCACUUUAUGCUUUGGAACCAGCUGACGUCUGCAAAAAAUCAACACCUAAUCGGUCUUGUGCAGAUGAUGCUUUGCCUUCGUGGGACUGUAGUGUCAUCAAAACUGAGGAGGCCACUCACAUAAAUGAUUCUGUGCGCUCAAAUGAGAGCACUCUGACCCUGCGUGAGGUCAAGCUGAAAGAUCCAGUUGAUAAUAUUGAUGUUGAUAAAUUGUCAUCAUGCUGUGGUCAGUUUCUGGACGGGUGCUGUGUACUUCUGUGGGGCUUUGCCCAAGAAAAACUUGAGAAAAUGCGAAAAGUUAUCAAUGCAUGUGGAGGAGUGAGGCUUGAUGAAUACAAGGAAGAAGUUACCCAUGUAGUAGCUGCUGAAGGCCUUCACUUCAUUUCAGAAGUUAUGAAAAUGAUCAAGAAGCAUGGUGGUUCACCUUAUGUUGUGUCUGCACGAUGGUUUACUGAAAGCUGUGCUUCAGGCAAACUGCAGAAGAUCAACACAUACCUGCUGGCAGAGCUACACUCUAAUGUUGGAGGUGGCGAGCUGCCUGCAAAUUGUAUGCCCAACACCAUUGAGACUCAUAGGAAGUCUGUGACACUAGAAUGUGAAAAUCCAUUUCCAUCUGAUCUUAGUGAUAUUGUAGAGCAGUACAGGGUCUCAAAUAAUGGUAGUAUGAAUAUCAGAGAUGGUGCAUCCACUUCACAUCACAAGAAAAAUGAAGCCACAAUUCCUGCAUGCAAUAUAGAGAAGACAAGUGCAGCGUUGGAUUCUCUCGAAACCAGCAUGAAAAACAGCACCAUGAAUGAAAAACUAAUGGAAAGGUACGAGUCUGCUGAUGCACUCUUUACAGGUAUGCUUUUCAGGAUACACGAUUUCAAGAAAGAAGAUGAGCUAAUUUUGGAAGAGUACAUCACACAUAAUGUCCUAAAACUGGUCAUUGUAACAAAUUAA